AUGCGAAUCCAAGCCGUUUUUCGUGGGUUCCGCUCUCGUUCCAGGACAAACAUCGAAGCCAGGCGUGAACUCGAGCAUCUCGGGAUGAUUGCGAGCGCGAAGCACUCACAAAGAAAGUUCAACGAUUUUAGCGAGUUAAAGCGGCGGAACGAGUUGCGUUCACGCAGCGCAAAGCAGCUCGCGGAUCUCGAGGCAAACAUUCGGCGGGAUUUGCUCUCUUCGCGACGCGAGAGCAUCAAAGACGAAAUUAAAGCGGUGCGAGAGGCGCAAGCGCUCGAUAUCAUUAUCACAGACGAUAACGCGCAUGCCACAGCGAUCACCUCGAACGACGAGGACGUCCCCACGCGAUUGUGUCGCGCGGUGGAAAAGUAUCGUCGGCGCUGGGCCGAUUGCUCGCAGGUGAGUUUGAACGCCUUCGACAUCGAUCACGUGCGAUCGAGUGUGUUGCAGGAAGUCACGAAUGCGCUGAGAGCUGAAAUCGAGGACGAAGCUCGCGCGCUGGAGGCGCAAAAUAAAAAGACGAAAGUUGGAAAGAAGAAGAAGGGUUCGGCUGAGGCGCCUGGCGCGAAAAAGUCAUCCUCGACGAAGAGUAAAGCGGCGCCGUCGAAGAAAUCCAAAGGCGCAAUCAAGCAACAAAGACAGCGAGGGAUGGAAACGAUCGAUCCUGAUCUCUUAAAAACAUUCGCGAGAUUGCAGAUGGUCGAGCCGACGCCACUCGAUGGCCGUCUUGAUGACUAUCUCGGCACCGGCGGCGAACGGCGUAAAGGACACGAAGAUUCCACAAUGCUCGAGGUCGCUCAGCUUCGCCAUGUUCUCGCGGUGUCGGUGGCGAUUCCACUCACAUCGCAACGUGUGCAUGAGCUCGCGCCGCACAUGAAGUGCGUGCUCUUGGAGGGAUUAGCGGCGAGCGGCAAGUCGUACCUCGCGCGUCUGUGCGCCGCCGAAUCCGGAUGCGCGCUGUUCAAUCUCUCGCCCGAUCGACUCGCCCGCGCCGAGGCGAGCGGAGAAAACCCCAAAUCACUGAUGAAAUACGUCUUCCAAGCCGCGAAGACGAUCGCCCCGAGCGUGAUUUUCAUUCGAGAUGUCGACGCGUACUUUCCCGAGAAGAGCAAAAAAACGAAAGCAACCGACGCGGAGUGCGCUCGCAAGCUUCGAAAAGACUUGAUGAAGGAAAUCAAAGCGCUGAAACCAGGCUCGCGCGUCACUGUCGUAUGUACGCGAACGAUCGCGAACGACGUGGCAUCGUCGAGCGACCCAAAAGGUUUCGAAAAGAUGUUCAAUCUUCGCCUCGAGGCGCCGCCGCCGGAUUACGGCGGUCGUCGGCGAAUCCUGGCCAAAGCCUUGGAGGCGAUAUCGGUCGAUCCGGUCGAUCCAACGCGUCGACGCACGGGCGACGACGCGAGCGCCACGCUUGCGUGCUACGCCACCGCGGGCAUGACCACCGGCGCGCUCUUCGCGCUCGUUCAAAACGCCCGCGACGACGUGAGAUCUUCCCGAGAUCCUUGGCGAGCGCUCCUUCGCCGCGUCGAAUCCGACGCCGCGUCGAAACAUUGA